AGUGUCAGAGACGCGGCUCUGCCCCUGUCAGCGCCCAUGGACGACGCCCAGGAACAACACAUCCUCACUGGGAACAAAUAAAGCCGACGAGCGACGAGCUUUGUUCCCCCGGUUCCUCUCAGUCGACGGUUAACCUAUGAUGGAACGGGCGAUGGAGCAGCUCAACGUACAGCUCAGCCGGCUAACCCGCUCCCUCCGCCGGGCCAGGACCGUGGAACUCCCGGAAGACAAUGAGACUGCAGUGUAUACACUUAUGCCAAUGGUCAUGGCUGACCAGCACAGGUCAGUGUCAGAGUUGCUGCUCAACUCCAAGUUUGAUGUGAACUACGCCUUCGGACGGGUGAAGAGAAGUUUGCUGCACAUUGCUGCCAACUGUGGUUCAGUGGAGUGUCUGGUCCUGCUGCUGAAGAGAGGAGCCAAUCCAAACUACCAGGACAUCUCAGGCUGCACCCCACUGCACCUCGCUGCCAGGAACGGACAGAAGAAGUGUAUGGGCAAACUGCUGGAAUACAAUGCUGAUGUGAACAUCUGCAACAAUGAGGGACUGACUGCAAUCCACUGGCUGGCAGUGAACGGGCGGACGGAGCUCCUCCAUGAUCUGGUCCAACAUGUGACCAAUGUGGAUGUGGAGGAUGCAAUGGGGCAGACAGCUUUACAUGUAGCCUGUCAGAACGGACACAAAACUACGGUGCUGUGUCUUCUGGACAGCGGAGCUGACAUCAACCGACCAAACGUCUCUGGAGCAACACCUCUUUACUUUGCCUGCAGUCACGGCCAAAGAGACACAGCACAGAUCCUGCUCUCUCGAGGUGCCAAAUACAUCGCUGACAAGAAUGGAAUCACUCCUCUGGAUCUGUGUGUGCAGGGAGGAUACGGGGAGACCUGUGAGAUCCUCAUCCAGCACCACGGCAGACUCUUCCAGACCCUCAUCCAGAUGACACAGAAUGAUGAUAUCAAAGAGAAUAUGCUCAGGCAGGUUAUGGAGCAUGUCUCUCAGCAGAGUGACAGUCAUUAUCAGAGGAUCUUGACCAGUCUUGCUGAAGUUGCAACCACCAACGGACACAAGCUACUCAGCCUGUCCAGCAGUUACGAGGCUCAGAUGAAGAGUCUGCUGAGAAUCGUUCGUAUUUUCUGCCACGUGUUCCGCCUGGGGCCUUCAUCACCCAACAACGGCAACGACAUGGGCUACAACGGCAACAAGACACCUCGCAGCCAGGUUUUUAAGAUGUGUGUGAGACAGAUGGAUGUGGAGACGAUACAAAAAGACGGGUGUUCCUGGACAGGUUCUCCUUUCUUAGAUCCGUUGGAGCUGCUGUGGCACUCCCUGGACGAGUGGCUGGUGCUGAUCUCCACAGAGCUGGACAGGAACAGGAAGAACCCCUCCUCUUCCUCCACUUCCAGCAGCGAGAUAGCCUCUCUGCUUCUCAAACAGCGGGAGGUCGACCACUCCGGCUCCACUCCCAAGCUCCCCUCCUCGUUGGACCGUCAGAUCGUCAUGGAAACAGAGGCGUAUGCUGACGGGGAGGACGUCAUCUCCAUGACAGCCAGUCGGCUCAGCGCUGUGAUCCAGGCCUUCUACAUGUGCUGUUCCUGUCAGAUGCCACAAGGAAUGACGUCCCCUCGCUUCAUUGAGUUUGUCUGCAAGCAUGACGAGGUGCUGAAGUGUUUUGUAACCAGGAAUCCAAAGAUCAUCUUCAACCACUUCCACUUCCUGCUAGAGUGUCCAGAGCUGAUGUCACGCUUCAUGCAUAUCAUUAAGGGCCAGCCCUUCAAGGAUCGCUGUGAGUGGUUCUAUGAGCAUCUGCUGGCCGGUCAGCCAGACUCAGACAUGGUUCAUCGUCCGGUCAACGAGAACGACAUUCUGCUCAUCCACCGAGACUCCAUAUUUAGGAGUAGCUGUGAGAUGGUUUCCAAGUCCACCAACGAGAAACUCAAACAAGGCAUUGCUGUCCGCUUCCACGGAGAGGAAGGGAUGGGUCAAGGUGUUGUUCGGGAGUGGUUUGACAUCUUGUCCAAUGAGAUCAUCAACCCAGACUACGCUCUGUUCACUCAGUCAGCUGAUGGUACAACUUUCCAGCCCAACAGUAACUCCUCAGUGAACCCAGACCAUCUAAACUACUUCCAGUUUGCAGGUCAGAUCCUGGGUCUGGCUCUGUACCACCGCCAGCUGGUCAACAUCUACUUCACCCGCUCCUUCUACAAACACAUACUGGGUAUCCCUGUGAACUACCAGGAUGUGUCGUCUAUCGAUCCAGAGUACGCUAAGAACCUGCAGUGGAUCCUCGAUAACGACAUCAGUGAUCUGGGUCUGGAGCUCACCUUCUCUGUGGAGACGGACGUGUUCGGAGCCAUGGAGGAAGUCCCACUCAAACCAGGAGGCAUCAGUAUCCUAGUCACCCAGGAUAACAAGGCUGAGUACGUCCAGUUGGUGACAGAGCUGAGGAUGACACGAGCCAUCCAGCCUCAGAUAAACGCCUUCCUGCAAGGAUUCCACACCUUCAUCCCCCCCUCGCUCAUCCAGCUUUUCGACGAAUACGAAUUGGAGCUCCUGCUGUCAGGGAUGCCAGAGAUCGAUGUGCAGGAUUGGUGCAGGAACACUGAGUACACCAGCGGCUACGACCCUCAGGAGCCAGUCAUUCAGUGGUUCUGGCAGGUGGUGAGGAGUCUGACCCAGGAGGAGCGGGUCCUGGCGCUUCAGUUUGUCACUGGAAGUUCCAGGGUUCCUCACGGAGGCUUCGCCUACCUGAUGGGUGGCAGCGGUUUACAGAAGUUCACCAUUGCAGCAGUGCCAUACACCUCCAACCUACUGCCUACCUCCAGUACCUGCAUCAACAUGCUCAAACUCCCAGAAUACCCGAGCCAGGAGGUCUUGAGAGACCGGCUGCUGGUGGCGCUGCACUGUGGGAGCUACGGGUACACCAUGGCAUAAACAUCAUAUCAUUCCCCCGCUGCUGGGAGGGCCCCGCAGACUCAUGCGACACUCCCUCCUCCACAGAUACUCACUCUGUGCUUUUGCUGGACAAAAAAAAUAAAAGGGAAAUCCAGAUUGUUAUGAAAAAGCUGCUGGAGAGGCUCAACAGAGAGAGCUCUGCCUCCAAAAGCUCAUACCUGUGCCAGUAAUUCUUUUCUUUUUUUUUGUUUUGACUGAUGCUGGUAUCUGGUGAUUUAUGCAAAUGAUAAUUUAAAAAAAAUCUUUAAAUAUGAUUAUUUUCAUUCUUACAUUUAUUUAAGAAAAAACGGCUUUUAUACCAUAAAUCCCCUACUUUAAACACAGGAUUAUAGUACACAGUAGUAUAUAUUAAUGCAAGCUUACUGUAUGUCAAAUAUCAACCAUGUUUAAGGGGCUUCCACUUAUAAAACAGUCUGACUCAGAUUGUGCCUAAAUUUUAGAUGUAUGUAUUUUAUUUGCGGUUUCAGUCUUUUCUGCAUCCAUCCCUCUAGCAGAGGUUCUGCUUGUUCUAGUUUCUGCCAAUAUCAUACCUGACGUUUUGAUGUUUAACUAAAAUAAGCCAAAGGUCUUUCAGGCACCAAUGUUUAAUAUGCUGUGUACCAUGUGACUUAAAGUAUGUGGACUACUGAUCAUCCUUAUAUGAUAACUGAACAUGAACAGCCUCAGUCAUGUUGAAAAAGGAACAGAACCGUCGGUUCAAAGCUGGAAGAAUUGUCUAAAAAUAUGUUUGUAUGCUGGGACAUUUACAUUAUGAACAUAAACAGAAUACUAGAGCUGCAGAUAAUUAUUAUUUCAUUCUCAUUAGUGAUUUUUCAAAAUGAACCAAGACAUAGUUUAAUCUGUAAAAUACACAUCAUAAGUUUUAAUAAGCUUAUUUUGUGUAACUAGCUGUACCAAACCCAAAUUAACAAUCAUAAUACAGAGAAAAGCAGAUAAUCCUCACAUUGAAGAAGCAGGAAGCAGAGAAUGACUAAUAAACUUGUUGGCUUAUUGUUUGGCACGCUUUUAAUUCAGGAAAUCAAGAAAUAUCUAAUCAAAGAAAUAAGAAAACAAGACUAAAAUACAUCAAAUACUUACAGUCUGCCCAGCUGUGCUCAAAGGAGAAUUCUCACUUUUUUGUGUCAUCAAAUAUAAACUAAUGUUUCUGCAGCUGUUUCACAAAUGAUUUCCUUUUUUGGACAUAUUUGUGGAACACUUGCAGCCCCUGAGUGGGUGUUUCCCCUUCACGCUGAUUGAGUGACAGCCAGUCCACAUAGCAUUAGCAAUCACACAUAACACAUUUAUGCUGUCUGUCCCUUUACAACAUUCAAUAUUUGCAAGGACCCACCAAUAUUUCCAAGUAGAAGCUAGUUUACUGAUGUGUAAUGUUGUAUAGCACUGUACUGUUCAUGCUGAUUCCCAUGAGACAUCACUUUGUGGUCAUGUUUGUUUCUGCUGAGUCAUCAGUUUGUCUCUCGCAUUAGCUGUUUGUCUUUCAUGGGUCCAGACGAUAGACUGUAUAUAUAUAUCUAUAUAUAUCUUUAUAUGCAGUCAGUGAUCCAGAUGUGCUGAUGUCAUAUACAGACCAAACUUAUAGACAUAGUUCAUUCUGUGACCUCAUCACACUCCAUAUGUUAGUCCGUGAUGUCUCCCUUUGUUUCUUUAUGAUACUAGCUUGUUUUUGUUGUUUUUUUUAGAAAAUGUAUUCAUAAUAUUCAAAUUUUAAAUAUUAAAAUAUAAAAUGCCACAGAAUAUGAAAUAAAUGUUAUAAGAGCAAAAUGAAGACAAUGUAGUAAAUGAGUGAAUGGAAGAACAAAACAAAAAAAAAGUCAAAUUAUAAUUUAUAAAAACUUGACCAAACCUUACCUCCACUGGAGAACACACACUCACAUUGGUGCCGUUAUUACUGCAGAAAAAUGAUUACAAUUUAAAUGUCUACUUUUGUGGUAAUUACAAAUUUGACCGAAUAAAAUGUUUGACUUUAAUAUAUGUAAGAUGUUUCCAGAUGUGGUGGAACAGCUGUAAUGGAACAUGUGCCAGAGGAGAAAGUGUGGACUAAAUGUGUUAUUAAAUGUGUAGGUGUUGGACAUACAGCAUGGCCAGGCUGUUUUCUUCAUGUGUCUACAAAGCUGCCUGAACAUAUUGGACCAUCCCUGGAGCAUAAACAGCAUGUCCUGUAGUUUACUGUGUGAAAUUCUUUGUCAUUUUUUGAAGUGAGUAUUUCGCUGUCAUCUGUAGCUGUGCUUCUGCAUCUGUUGUCAUAAAUAGCAAUCUUUUUUUUAGUGAUGGCAUCCUGUUUGUAUUUCUGUUUAUUGAUUUCUGGAGCAAUAUGAGAUAUCUACAUGACAAAUGUUUGGCUCGCUGUGCCAAAAAAGUAAAAGCUGGAAUCCUUUUUAAAUACCUUUUUGUAUUUUUGCCUACACAAGCAUAUUUUUAUUCAAAAAGGGACGGGGAUCGUGUCAUGAAUGUAUCACAGAAACAGCUACUUUGGGUUUCUUUCCAUUUGUAAAGGAGUGUACAUAAUCAUUAAAUAUUUCAUAUUAUCUAUCAGUAUUGUUUUGAAUGCCUCGCCUGGAAUGCUUUUGUAAACAGAUGUUAAUGUUUAUUGACAACAGAGCCUUUAUACAUAUUUCUGUAAAUGUCAUAUGUAUCAAAUGAUGUAUUUUACCAUAAAUACCAUAUGUUGUGCUUUGAGAUUUUACCCAAUAAAUCUUGUUUUGACAA